AUGGCUCAAAAAACUGAGAAGGUAGACCAAACAGGUGGACACUUGACCAGUCACAGAGAGAAUGGAACUGUUGGGACUAAGCCACAAAGGACUCUGUGCAAACAGGCCAAGGAUAAUAAGGAUAAGAUAUGGGUGACACCUGUGAAAGAUAGCAGUUGGGCUCAACUGGGUUGGAUGAACCUAUUACUGUUUGACAAUGUUACACAUGAUGUCAUAACAUUGUAUUAUAACUUCCUGAAUGCUGAAGCCAGGUCCAAAAAUCAAAUUCAACAUAGAUGGACGAAAUACUCUUCUAGAUAUUAUUACUUCAUUAGGAAUUUUGUGAAAGAAAAAUUCAGAGGUCAAGAGUUUGGACUUGAACUAGCAGACAAGCUUGCAAGGAAUUUGGGUAGAAUUGAUUAUGAGGAAGGGAAAUUAGGGAUUUGGACUCUUGAGAAAUUAAGUAUCUAUUCCCUUAGCACACGCUACCCAAACUCAGCAACUGCCAUUUCCAUUCAACCUCUAAGAAAAGCUCAGCUAGGGCCAAGAAAUCUUCCUCAAAAGUCCAACAACAUGUCACAACAUCCAUCGUCAUCUGGUUCCAAAUCCUCCCAACAUGCAAAGACUCCACCCAUGGAGUUUGUAGAUGAUGAUAUAAUGGACGUCACCCCUUUGUGCAUGAUACCGGGCAACACCACAGGUACCUCCUCCAAUGCUGGAGAUAAGCAAGGUAAUACCUCUGGUAACUCUUCUCUUCCUAAAGACAUGUAUUACACUGAUCGCGCUAUAAGGAGACGGGUUACUAGAAUACUGAGUGAAGGACAUAAAGUUGAAGGGGUCUCUACCCCUCUAUCCAGAAGGGAACCCUCUCCUGAGAGAGAACCCCAUGCUGAUAAAGAUGAUGAUUCAUCUAGAUCAGAAAAAGAGGUGGCUGUUGAAGGGCUUUGCUCUCUAGGUCAAACCCUACCUAGCAAGAAACAAAAUGUGCCUCAAGAAAAUAUUAUUGACCUUGAGGAAGAAAGCACUGAAGGAGAAGAUGAUCCUUUGGUCCAUCUGGUUAAACCUAGCGUUGCUGAAAAACUGAGAAGUAAGAAAGGAAAAAGUAUGGCUAAAAUAAGAGCUGCUAGACUGAAGAAGACUGCAGGAGUAGGACCCUCUAAACCCUGGAGCAAGGUUGAGGUUGGAAAAAGAAAAGAGAGACACAGCUCUGAUUCUGAAGAGAAUAGACGUGUAGCCAUUGAAAGAGAACUGGGUCAAGAAGCUGUGGAGGUAAAGGAGGUUAUUGAGUUGAUCAAAAAUGCUGGACUCGUGAAGACUGUGGCAACUCUACCCCAAUGCUAUGAGGGGCUGGUUAAAGAGUUUAUCAUGAAUAUCCCUGAGGAUAUUCAUGAUAAGAACAGCAGGGAGUUUUGCAAAGUAUUUGUAAGAGGCAAAUGUGUAAAAUUCUCACCAAAUGUCAUCAACAAGUUCCUAGGAAGAGGAAUGGAUGGAGGAGUAGACUUAGAAACAACAGACAAUGAGGUCUGUAGGGCUAUCACAGCUGGCCAAGCUAAGGAAUGGCCCAGUAGAAAUCACUUAUCAGCUGGAAAACUAAGUGUUAAAUAUGCCAUCUUGUACAAGAUUGGCUCAGCUAAUUGGAUUCCUACUAAUCAUGCCUCUAUUAUCUCCAUCAAUCUUGGAAGAAUUAUUCAUGCUAUUGGAACAAGGUCCUGA